GCGGCCACUGCCUGCUUAGCGGAGCGGGUGGAGCGAGGCAGGUUCGAGGCGCCCGAGCAUGUCCGGCAAGGGCAAGAGGGGCAAGGAGCAGGGGAGAGUGACCUUCUCCCAGCAAGAGGAGGGUGAGGACGAGGCGACCGCUGAAGAAGAAGAAGAAGAAGAAGAAGAGGAGGAGGAGGAGGAGCAGCAGCAGCAGCAGCGAGCACGCCGGGGCUGGAGAGGAGUGAACGGGGGGUUGGAGCCGCCCCAGCGUGACCAGGCGGUGAGAACGCAGCGGGAAAUGUACGGCUGCUACCCGCCCUCGCCGACGCCGGGCAGCAUGCCCAUUGAUGGAAGCCCUUCUUUGAGGCGUAUGACUAUGAUGAGGGAAAAAGGAAGGCGGCAAGCAAUUCGAGGUCCAGCUUUUAUGUUCAACGAGAGGGGCACAAGCCUCACGGCAGAGGAAGAGCGCUUUCUGGAUGCAGCCGAGUAUGGGAACAUCCCUGUAGUGCGCAAAAUGUUGGAAGAGUCGAAAACACUGAAUGUCAACUGUGUCGACUACAUGGGCCAAAAUGCUUUGCAGCUCGCUGUGGGAAAUGAACACUUGGAAGUGACAGAACUUCUACUAAAGAAGGAGAAUCUGGCACGGAUUGGAGAUGCCUUGCUGCUUGCCAUCAGCAAAGGGUAUGUCCGAAUAGUAGAAGCAAUCUUGAAUCAUCCUGGGUUUGCAGCUAGCAAGCGGCUGACUCUGAGUCCCUGUGAGCAGGAGCUCCAAGAUGAUGAUUUUUAUUCUUAUGACGAAGAUGGUACCCGCUUCUCCCCGGACAUCACCCCCAUCAUUUUAGCUGCUCAUUGUCAGAAGUAUGAGGUGGUGCACAUGCUGUUAUUGAAAGGGGCAAGGAUAGAGAGACCUCAUGAUUAUUUCUGCAAAUGCAAUGAUUGUACUGAGAAACAAAAGAUUGAUUCUUUUAGCCAUUCCAGGUCAAGGAUAAAUGCAUAUAAGGGGUUGGCAAGUCCUGCCUACCUAUCCCUGUCUAGUGAAGAUCCAGUUCUCACUGCUCUAGAACUUAGUAAUGAGCUGGCCAAACUGGCUAAUAUUGAAAAAGAAUUUAAGAAUGACUACCGCAAGCUAUCUAUGCAGUGCAAGGAUUUUGUGGUUGGUGUUCUUGAUCUCUGUCGAGACUCUGAAGAGGUAGAAGCCAUUCUAAAUGGAGAUUUGGAGGCUGAGCCAGUUGAAAUACAACGGCACAGAGCUUCAUUGACUCGUGUCAAACUGGCAAUUAAAUAUGAAGUCAAAAAGUUUGUAGCCCAUCCGAACUGUCAGCAACAGCUGUUGACUAUCUGGUAUGAAAACCUCUUAGGAUUACGAGAACAGGCGAUAGCUAUCAAGUGUCUGGUUGUGCUGGUUGUUGCACUGGGCCUUCCGUUUCUUGCCGUUGGGUACUGGAUUGCACCAUGUAGCAGGUUUGGAAAAGUUCUCCGAAGUCCAUUUAUGAAGUUUGUGGCACAUGCAGCAUCCUUCAUUAUUUUCUUGGGCCUACUGGUAUUCAACGCGUCAGACAGAUUUGACGGCAUCUCGGUAUUACCAAAUGAAACUGUUAUCGAUUACCCGAAACAGAUCUUUAGGAUUAAAACUACUCGGUUCACAUGGACAGAGAUGCUAAUCAUGGUAUGGGUGCUUGGUAUGAUGUGGUCUGAGUGCAAGGAGCUCUGGCUAGAAGGACCCCGGGAAUAUAUUUUGCAACUGUGGAAUGUUCUGGAUUUUGGGAUGUUAUCUAUUUUCAUUGCUGCUUUCACAGCCAGACUGUUAGCAUUUCUGCAGGCUACAAAAGCACAGCAUUAUGUGGAUAAUUAUAUUCAAGAACCAGACCUCUCUGUGGUCACACUUCCACCAGACAUAGAAUAUUUUACUUAUGCUCGAGAUAAAUGGCUGCCAUCUGAUCCUCAGAUCAUAUCGGAAGGUCUUUAUGCAAUAGCUGUCGUGCUUAGCUUUUCUCGGAUAGCUUAUAUUCUACCUGCAAAUGAGAGUUUUGGCCCACUGCAGAUUUCACUAGGAAGGACUGUAAAAGACAUUUUCAAGUUUAUGGUCCUUUUUAUUAUGGUAUUUCUUGCAUUUAUGAUUGGGAUGUUUAUAUUGUACUCCUACUAUCUUGGAGCCAAAGUGAAUGCAGCUUUUACUACAGUUGAAGAAAGCUUUAAGACCUUAUUUUGGUCAAUAUUUGGUUUAUCGGAGGUCACGUCAGUUGUCCUCAAAUAUGAUCAUAAAUUUAUCGAGAAUAUCGGCUAUGUGUUGUAUGGAAUAUACAAUGUAACGAUGGUUGUGGUUUUACUCAACAUGCUGAUUGCCAUGAUCAACAGCUCAUACCAAGAAAUUGAGGAUGACAGUGAUGUGGAAUGGAAAUUUGCACGCUCUAAGCUCUGGUUAUCAUACUUCGAUGAUGGAAAAACCCUGCCACCUCCAUUCAGUCUUGUACCAAGUCCGAAGUCUUUUAUUUAUUUCUUCAUGAGGAUCAUUAAAUUAUUUAAGUGCAGAAGGAAAAGGCUACAGAAGGAUAUGGAAAUGGGAAUAGGCAACUCAAAAUCCAGGCUAAACCUCUUUUCCCAAUCGAACUCGAGGGUUUUUGAAUCACACAGCUUUAAUAGCAUUCUCAAUCAGCCAACACGCUAUCAGCAAAUAAUGAAGAGACUUAUAAAACGUUAUGUUCUGAAAGCACAAGUGGACAAGGAAAAUGAUGAAGUCAAUGAAGGUGAACUAAAGGAAAUUAAACAAGAUAUUUCCAGUCUUCGCUAUGAACUUCUAGAAGACAAGUCACAAGCAACAGAAGAGUUGGCAAUUCUCAUACAUAAACUCAGUGAGAAACUCAACCCAAAUAUAUCGAGAUGUGAAUGAUCUCAAGUGACAUAUUCUUAUUCAGUCCCUGGAUUUUGACCAUAGCACAAGUAUUGGCAAUAAUAUUUCUGAGUGAAUUAUACUUGAAAAUUGUAUUGUAGAUUUUUAGCACUAAAUAACUUUAUGUACAGCUUUGUUUGAAAUACAGUCUUAGAAAAUUUUAUGAAUUUACAUGCAAAAAAAAAGUUUAUUUAAUGUGUAUUAUAAAGUGUAUUUUGCAUCUAUUUAAUACAGUAAGUUGUAUCUAAACAAUCCUGCAUUGCUAAUAGUUUUCUCAAUACAACAAAUAUUCUUUGCACUGAAGAAAGGAAAACCAACACUGUAGACUAAGGCUGCAAUCCUAAACUUGCUUACUUGGGAGUAAACAUACUUAGGAGUAUGCUGCGUAUCUGUCCACUAUCAUGUGUGAACAGGGUUCUGUGGAAUGUAGUGACUAAAAUGCAGCCAGCCCAUGAAAGAUUACUUGAAAUGACCCAGCCAAAGUUAAGCAUGUUUAACUCCCGUUGAUUUCAGUGGCAUGUUCUUUCUAAAUUGAAAGCAAUGGGUGGGAUCCAAGUAUUAUCAUGCUUACAGUAGACCCUUUGAAAUGAAUAGGACAAAUUAGUCCUGACUAAAUUAAAGUCUCAUUGAUUUCAAUGGGACUACCCUAACUAUGUCUAACUCUGGACCCAACCUAAUCACAGUUCAAGCCUAUGCAUGCUUACUUGGAAACAGGCCCCCUAGGUUAAGUGGGUCUUAUUCCCUAGAACUGGUGCAUAGGAUCAUAGUGCUUAACUUUCACUGGAUCACACCCCUUUAUUUAUCAGCUUUCUUAAAGAAAUAAAAAAUUUGAGGCAUUGGCAACUGAAUGUUUAACAGUGGAGAUAAAAUGUGUCUAUAAUAUUAAUAAUGCUGUUAUAUUUACAUAUAUAUUUGCAUCAUAUUUGCUUUCAGAAUAGGAACUAGUGUUUUUUUUACUUUUAACUAAUGUGAGCUGUCAAAAUAUACAUUUUCAUGUUGUGAAGAUAAUUUUUUAAAAUUUAAGAUACUAUGCAGGGCUGAUAUUUUGUUACAUGGUUCUAAAUAAUGCCUCUGAUGCUUACUUGUUAAAUAAAAUA